AUGGUGACUGCGAAUGGGACCGCGGAGGCCCGCAAGGCUCUCCCCGUCUACUCAGCCCGCCAUCGACUGGUGGAGGUGGUGAAGACCAGUCCCUGCCUGGUCCUGGUGGGGGAGACGGGGAGUGGGAAGACCACCCAGGUCCCCAGGCUCCUGCUCGAGGCCGGCCUGGCGGCCGGCGGCGCGAUAGCAUGCACGCAGCCGCGCCGAAUAGCGGCCGUGACGGUGGCCCAGCGAGUGGCCAAUGAGAUGGGCUGCAAGCUCGGCAGCCAGGUGGGGUACUGCGUCCGCUUCGACGACCGCACAGGCCCUGAUACCAGGAUAAAGUACAUGACGGACGGCAUGCUGCUGCGUGAAGCCUUGUUGGACCCCCUGCUGCAGCGAUACAAGGUUGUCAUCCUGGACGAGGCGCACGAGCGCACCGUGGCCACAGACGUGCUGCUGGGCCUGCUGAAGGCCGCGGCGGCGGGCAGGCCCGAGGGCGACCUGCGCCUGGUGGUCAUGUCGGCCACCCUGGACACCCAGAAGCUGACGGCCUACUUCCAGGGCUCCCAGGCGGCAUACAUCGCAGGGAGGCAGUACCCAGUGCAGGUCAUGUACACCCCUGCGCCGGAGGAGAGCUACGUGGACGCCGCCAUCACCACCGCCCUGCAGAUCCAUUGCGAGGAGGGCCCCGGCGACGUCCUGGUCUUCCUCACCGGCCAGGAUGAGAUCGAGGCGUGCGAGCGGCUGCUUACCGACCGCGCCGCCAGCCUCCCCCCUGAUCCCGCCCGCCUGUCCCUCUGCGUGCUGCCGCUGUACGCGGCGCUGCCCCCCGAGGCCCAGCUUCGCGUCUUCGAGCGCGCCGCGCCGGGGUCGCGCCGCGUCGUGCUGGCCACCAACAUCGCUGAGACGAGCGUGACGGUGCCGGGCGUGCGCUUCGUGGUGGAUAGCGGCAUGGUCAAGGCGCGGGCUUACUCGCCCCGUCUCGGCGCCGACUGCCUCCAGGUCGUGCCCGUCAGCCAGGCGCAGGCGCGCCAGCGCAGCGGCCGUGCAGGCCGCGAGGGCCCGGGCAAGGCCUUCCGACUUUACACCGAGGCCGCCUUCGCCAAGUUGGCGCCCAGCACGGCGCCGGAGAUCCUGCGCACCAACCUGUCCAGCGUCGUGCUACAGCUCAAGGCACUUGGCGUGCGGGACGUGCUGGGCUUCGACUUCCUGGACCCGCCGCCUGCGCCCGCGCUCGUGCGCUCCCUGGAGCUCCUGCUGGCGCUGGGGGCGCUGACGCGGGAGGGGGACCUGGCGCACCCCAUCGGCACCUCCCUGGCCCGCCUGCCGGUGGACCCCAUGUUUGGCCGGGUGCUGAUGGCCUCGGCGGAGCUGGGGUGCAGCGAAGAGGCGCUGGCUGUCAUCGCCAUGGCCUCCACCGACCCCGUCUUCCAGUUCCCCAGGGAAAAGCGGGAGGAGGCGGCGGCCGCCCACGCCCGCUUCGCCUCCAGGGAGGGCGACCAUCUCACCGCCCUGGCGGUCUUCCAGCGCUUCGUGGCCCAGCCGCGCAAGCAGGCGGCCGCCUGGUGCCGGGAGGGCUUCCUGAACGCGCGGUCGCUGGCCAAGGCGCGCGACAUCCACGCCCAGCUUCGCGGCCACUUUCAGGCCCUGGGCCUGAGGCUGGCCUCCUGCGGCGACGACGCCACGCCGCUGCGCCAGGCCCUGGUCAUGGGCCUGUUUUCCCACGCCGCGCGCCGGCAGCCGGGCGGCACCUACCGCGUGCUGGCGACGGGGCAGGACGUGGCGCUGCACCCCAGCAGCGCGCUGGCGCGGGCCGGUGGCGCGCGCAGCGGCGUCCCCGCCGUCGACGCAGUGGUCUUCGGGGAGCUGGUGCGCACCACGCGGACCUACGCCCGCGACGUGACCGCCAUCGACAUCAACUGGCUGCCCCAGCUGGUGCCCAACUUCUUCGCACGCGCCGCGGCGGCGGGGGGUUGA